UGAAGAAAUACACAUUGAAGAUGACCAUUCAAAAAUAUUUAGUGUUGGUCCUAAGAAUGGUUCUAAACAAGAAUUAUUUUUGACAAAAGAUACUGAAGAACAUUUUGAAAGCUUGAGCAGUAUAGAACCACAGCCAACACAAUUUGAAAUGGAACCAGAAACUAAAAAUAACCAGAGAGAGCUAAGCAUGGAGGGUAGCAGGAACCAGAUGAUAGAGGGGACGGGCCUUAAGCCUCAAGAUCAAGAAACUCCUAUUCAAGGAAGAAAUCCAUGGAUUGAGAGACCAGUUAAAUACAUUAACCCCGAUGGAACACUAAAGAAGACUAAAUCAACAUUUCAUUUAUUCAAAAUUCUUAAACCACAAUCACUUAGCAAACCACCCCUUUUGGAACAUGUUGGGAUUAUACUACCAAGCAAUACCAAUGAUACAAAUCUUAUAAGCAAAGAAAAAACUACCACAAAUUACGAGGAAUUCAUCACAGCUGAGUCAGUUGAUGAAUAUAUACAGUCACUUGAGAAAAAUGAACUGGUCUCAGAUACUGUUGAACAUGAUGUUAACCAAUCACUUGAGAAAAAUGAACUGGUCCCAGAUACUGUUGAACAUGAUGUUAACCAAUCACUUGAGAAAAAUGAACUGGUCCCAGAUACUGUCGAAGACGAUGUUAACCAAUCACAUGAAAAAAAUGAACUGGUCUCAGAUACUGUCAAACAUGAUGUUAACCAAUCACUUGAGAAAAAUGAACUGGUUUCAGAUACUGUUGAACAUGAUGUUAACCAAUCACUUGAGAAAAAUGGACUGGUUUCAGAUACUGUUGAACAUGAUGUUAACCAAUCACUUGAGAAAAAUGAACUGGUCUCAGAUACUGUCGAACAUGAUGUUAACCAAUCACUUGAGAAAAAUGAACUGGUCUCAGAUACUGUUGAACAUGAUGUUAACCAAUCACUUGAGAAAAAUGAACUGGUUUCAGAUACUCUCGAACAUGAUGUUAACCAACCACUUGAGAAAAAUGAACUGGUCUCAGAUUCAAUUAAAGAUUAUAUUGUUAUGAAUAAGCCCAAGGGCAAUAACCAGUCAGACGAGACAACAAGGUCUGUUGAAGAUAAAGACUUAAAUGUCGUAAAUGAACAAAAUAAACUUAGUUUAAAAGAAAUACAAUCUAAUAAGGAAAAAGGAAAUGAAAAGCAAACAGGAAUUGUUGGAAAUGAAGUAAAAAAGAAUGAUAGAGGAAAGGUAAUAAGAACCGGUCACUGUUGCAUGUUUUGUUAUAAAGUAAUGAACAAAUUACACAGACAUUUUCAAGUUAAACAUAGCACAGAAAUUGAGAUAGCCAAAUUGUUGGCCAUGCCGAUAAACUCUCUUGUUAGGAGAAAUGGAUUUAUAGAUUUGGCUAGAAUCGGUGAUUACCAUCACAACAUUGAAGUGUUAUCAAAGAAAUCUGGUAAAUUGAUUGUUGUCCGUCGGCCUUCUCUGGGAGAGGAGUUUUCUUAUAGAAAAUACACACCGUGUCCUUACUGUUUAGGAUUCUUACUAAAAAAGCAUCUUUGGUUGCACGUUAAGCAUUCAUGCAAUGUUAGGAGAGAAAAAUCACAUGAAGAACCAUCAGCUAAAGAGCGAAGAAGAGUUCAAGCUGAUAGUCGAGUUUUGUUGAUGAGUUCUCUAAAACGAGAUCACAACCAGCCAGCAAUUUUUAUUGAGAAUAUCUUACAACCAAUGAGGGAUGAUAAAGUAACAGAGACAUGUAAAAAUGACCCCCUCAUACUAAAACUAGGCAAUUCACAAUUUGAGAAGUAUGGAUUGACCAAACAUGAAUCAAUAAGACAAGAAAUGAGACAGUUGGGACGGCUUCUACUAACACUAAGAGAACUAUCAGAGGGUGGAGAUAAAACUUUAAAAGAUUGGCUUGAACCGUUUGAGAUUGAUAAUUUGGUAGCUGCAGUGAAACAAAUGUGUAUCAAAAUUGAUUCAGAAAAUCAAACAUUACAGCCUCAGUAUAAAAUUCCUCCCUUGGCUGUUAAAUUAAGACUCAGUUUGAGGAGAUGUAUCACUAUUGAGCGAGGCGAGGCCUUAAGAAAUUGUAAUAAAUCAAAGAGUGAAUCUUUAAAAGAUUUUCUAGAUUUAAUGGAAAAGCAGUGGUCUAUACAAUUUGCUUCGAUUUUAAUUGACAAGUCACAAGAAUCCAAUAAAGUAGUUGAUGCAAAUUCAGAACAUAACCUCAAUGCAGAAGCUUUAAGUGUUGGAAAAGACAGUAUACCAGCUCAAGUAGAAAAGCUGGCAAAACAUGGACACAAUAAGAAGAAUAUUUCUUUAAAAAAGCCAACACUUAAGCGACCUUGGACCACUGAAGAAAAGGAUGCAGUGAUGACUUUCUUCCAUUUGGCGAUCGAAAAACAAGUCAUUCCAGGAAAAAAAGAGUGUGAACAGUGCAUAAGGCAGAACUCUGCUUUGGAACGUCGCUCUUGGCGCGACAUUAAGUACUACAUCCACAAUUACUGCAAUAAAAUCAAGAAAAUGACUACUAAUUUGUCAUCCAGUAAAAACAAAAAGAAAAGGUCUUUAAACAGGAAGUCUGAUAAAAAAGUUAAAAAAUCGUCGAAGGACGAUUCUGAUGAUCCGGACUCUGUCCAGAAAGAAGAACGCAAGAAGACAAAAAGGCCCUUGAAGAAACCAACACUUAAGCGACCUUGGACACCUGAAGAAAAGGAUGCAGUGAUAACUUUUUUCCAUAUGGCGAUCAAAAAACGUGUGGUUCCAGGAAAAAACGACUGCGAACAAUGCAUCAGGCAGAAUUCAGCUUUGGAACACCGUUCUUGGCGCGAUGUUAAGUACUACGUUUACAACAACUGCAGAAAGUCAAGAAAAUUACAUUCAUUUUGUCACAACCUAAAGUAAACGAAUGCAGUGAUAAGAUAAUACUUCUGAUAGUUAAUAUUAAGAAUAUGUCAUAAAAUAAUAUUUUCUGUAAAA